AUGAUGAAAUUCCUAGUACUACUGAGCGCUGCUCUAGCUAUUGCUGAAGGUACCAACGUAAUCAGAUGCAUCAAGCACGCUGGAGAUUUGCCUCUCAGCACUCGCAUCGAAGGCUGCGAUAAUCCUCCUUGUGUUCUGCCUCAGCUCCAGGAUGCUGUUAUCCACAUGACAUUCAAAGCUCCACGUGAUCUCGAGUCUAUGCGCACCUUAGCGACCGCUUACUUGGGCCCGAUUCCCAUCCCAUAUGACCUCAGCAGCGAUGCAAACACCUGCAACUUCCUCACGAACACCAAAUGUCCGGUCAAUUCUGGAACAAAUGUCCAAUACACCCUGAGGAUGUUUAUCAAGAGAUGGUUCCCGGCGGGUAUCUCAGCAACGAUUGAGUUCAGAAUCGUGGACGAAAACAAAAACCCUGUCGUUUGCGUCCGAGUUCCAAUCAAAAUCAAUCGCCCGAACAAAUCCAUUGCAGGCGGGAGUAAACUCCCUCCCACCAUUGAAGCUAUUGGAUACUAA